CUCCCUCCCAGCAGCGAGAGGAGGAACAUUCCUCAAACUUCCCCGCUGUCUGCUGGAACAUGUCGGAGGCUCUGGACGACUACGAGAAGGGGAACCCGAAACUAAACGAGCUGCCCGAUCACUCCCCGGUGGUGGCCGAAGCCAUCGGGAUCAUCCGGCAGAGGGCGGAGGCUGAGGGCGGGCAGGGGGCCCAGGGGCUCUCAGACCACUUCUUACUGAGGUUUCUCCGAGCCAGAGACUUCUGCAUAGAGCAGGCGGUGAGGCUGUUGAAAAACUACCACAAGUGGAAGAAGGAGUGCCCGGAAAUUACUGCUGACUUACGCCCAUCUCCUCUUCUUGAACUUUAUAGUGCUGGCUACCAUGGUGUCCUGCGGUCAAGAGAUGCCUAUGGAAGCAGAGUUCUUAUUUACAGAAUUGAAAAAUGGGACCCUAAACAGUUUACAGCCUAUGAGGUAUUUCGUGUAAGCCUCAUAACAUCUGAGCUUGUAGUACAGGAAACAGAGACGCAGAGAAACGGUAUCAAGGCUAUAUUCGACCUGCAGGGAUGGAGGUUCGUUCAUGCACUUCAAAUCACCCCAAAUAUUGCCAACAGGAUUGCAGCAGUCAUGACAGACUCUUUCCCGCUUAAAGUCCGAGGGAUACAUCUAAUAAACGAGCCUCUCUUCUUCUAUCCUGUAUAUUCAUUGAUCAAGCCGUUUCUUCCUGAAAAGAUCAGACAAAGGAUCCACCUGCAUGGUUGUUACUACAUGGAAACUCUUCACCAGCACUUUGCAGAGAAUAUCCUUCCUCCAGAAUAUGGAGGGACGGGGCCAUCAAUGAUUGACCUUUGUAAAGAGUGGACUGACCACAUCAUGAACUGUGAAGACUACCUGCUCAGUAUAUCUGAGCAUGCAUAGUCUCUGUCUUCUACAUAGAUGAUAUACUUGAAAAUCAUACACAAUUGUGAAGAUUCAGAAGAAGACGCGGAGACACAUCAUGUUCUCAGGUGCUCUACUCUGUAAGAGUAAUACAUUCACGGCAGUGGACUGAUGUUCCCUGGGCUAGGGUGGACAUUUCCAGCACGUAAAGCCACAGUGCCAUAUAUAACAUUCUAUUGUGUCUUGGGAAACAAAUAUUCAGAGCAUAUCCAUAAGAUAUUCUUUAAAUGUCUAAUCGCU